AUGAUCCUGAAAUUCCUCCAUCUCAAUGACAACUUCUGCUACAUCCCUGAAGGGCAACCGGGUCACGAUCCUCUGUAUAAGCUUCGACCCCUGCUAGAUCCCCUCAUUGUCAACUUCCAAGCUUCCUACACCCUUCACAGGGAGUUGUCGCUCGAUGAGGCAAGGUGGGUUUCAAGGGGCGGCUGUUUUUCAUACAGUACCUACCCAAAAAGGCCAACCAAGUGGGGCAUGAAGGCCUAUGUCUUAGCUGACAGCUGUACGGGAUACGUAUACAACUGGAGGCUGUACACAGGGAAAGAUAAAUCAUUGGAUGUGGGAGAGCGCAACCACUCGCAUGCAAUUGUUGUGGUAUUGCUGAAAGGCCUGGAGGGCAGAGGUCACCAUGUGUACACGGAAAACUACUACAGUGGUCAUGCUCUCUUCUCCGAACUACAUGACCUUGGAUUUGGGGCAUGUGGAACUGUCCGAGUCAAUCGUCGCGGGCUGCCACCUGAGAUGAAGACAACACUGGCAAAGGGAGAUACCAUUUCAGCGCAGGUGGACGACUCUGAUGGCUCUCAAGUGGAUGGACAAAAGGCCAGUGUCAAUGCUCAGCACCAUCCACGACAACUCCAUGACAACAAAGGACUUUUUGCAACUGCUGCUGUUUCCAGUUUUCCUCCUCUGGUUUUAACGAGAGCUUUUGAAAUUGAACAGAAACUACAACAUUCAUCCUAUGUCAAUUUGGAUUGUUCUCAAUCUGGCUCUGAUGCAAUCAAGCUUGCUUCACUUCUCAUCCAAACAUCAGAAAAUUCCAGCCUAAAAAAUGUUGACCUGCAAAAAUACUUUCAUUAUGCGGCUUUUCUAUUCAGAUGCUGUAGCAAGAUAUAGAAGGACAUUGUAUGUAUGCAAUAUGUUGUAUUAAAGCACAUGCAAUCUUGAAGUAAAGAAAGACCCGAACCCAAAAAUACGUGCAGCAGUGAAAAAAUGUGUACAACAGAGGUAAUAAGUGCACAUACAAAACAAAUUGCUUAAAACUGUGCAAAUACAAGCAAAAACGUGCCAUGGUGAAAACGUGUAUACGCAGGAAAAAGUAUGGAAACGGACAAAUACCCAGAAAAAAUUGUAGAGCA